AUGUGCAUCCAUGCUAAAGUGAAAUUUACAGGCAUCCCAAUUCUGGGGAAUAUGCUUCAGGUGCCCCAAACACAUUCAUGGAUAAAAUUCAAGCAAUGGGCAGACCAAUACGGUCCACUCUAUAGCCUCUCCCUUGCGGGCAAUCGUCAUGUUGUUGUAUCUACCGAGAAAAUCGCCAACGAUCUCCUUCGAGGACGAGGCAACAUCUACUCCAGUAGGCCAUAUUUGCCUAUGGGUGCCGAAAUCCUCAGCCAAAACUUGCGCCCUGUUUUACUCCCAUACAAUGAUCUCUGGCGCAAGGGACGAAGACUUAUGCAUAGCUUUUCGUCGGAAACCGUUGCUUCGGCAUACGAGCCUAUUCAGUCGCAUGAAUCAUCUCGUAUGCUAAAAGACCUCUUAGCAGACCCAGUCAACUAUGAGAAAUGGUUCGAACGAUAUUCGGCCGGUGUCAUUCUUCGCUUAGCGUAUGGCAAAACGGUCGAGACUGGCGAUGAGGAAAACGUGAGGGAGAUCCUUGAGGUCGUGCAUACUGUUGAGCGAGUUGCAUCUCCAGGCGCAUACUUGGUUGAUAUAUUUCCCAUCCUUUUAUGGCUUCCGAAAUGGCUCGCACCAUUUAAAUGGGAAGGAGACCGUCUGCAUCGGCGGGAGUUAGACUUAUUUCGCCGAAGCCUCGACGAUGUUCGGACUGAAAUUGCUGAAGGGAGUCAGACGCCCUCAUUCUGCAGAAGCUGGCUUGAAAAGGAACAACUCUCUGGCUUGAGCAACGACGAGGCGGCAUAUGUUAUUGGUACAAUGUUCGAAGCUGGCUCAGGCACCACUACCUCUGCCAUGUUGUCCUUUGUGCUGGCCAUGGUGCAUCAUCCAGAGUGGCAACGGCGCCUCCACCAAGAAAUCGAUGCUGUAGUCGGAAAUUCACGCCUUCCUAGCUUUGAUGAUAUACAACACCUUCCAAUCACACGGGCGAUUGUCAAGGAAACAUUACGAUGGAGACCAGUCACUGCUGGCGGUUUACCACAUCAGCUCAUCAAAGACGACAUUUAUGAAGGCAUUUUCCUUCAAGCGGGAACUAGCAUUCACCCAAACCAGUGGGCAAUUCACCGAGACCCUACUCUCUAUCCGGACCCAGAGAGCUUCCGCCCUGAGCGCUGGCUGGAGCCUUCUUGGCCAACUUACCGCGAGCCUUUAACACAGUUCCCGAAUCUCCAGAACUUCAGCGCCUUCGGAUUCGGGCGGCGCAUUUGCCCAGGUCAAAGUAUAGCAGAACGAAGCUUGAAUAUUGCAGUUGCUCGUAUCGGUUGGGGCUGUACUGUUUCAAAAAUACGAGAUGUGGAAGUCCCGUUGUACGAUUAUACAACUGGCUUCAAUGUGCAGCCAAAAAAAUUCCACUUUAGCUUAGAACCAAGGGGAUCUCAUGCCCUAAGCCUAUUAAGCGAGGUACUCUAG